GCAUGUAGGGGGGGUGAGGGGGGGAGCUCGCUGUAGAGGGGCUGUUCUCCGCCCCAGACAGAGGGAAGGCCUUGGCGGAGAAGCCGAUUGGUGCUCUCGCCUCCGCUUGCCCGUGACAGAGAUGGCGGUGUUGGCAGGAGGCUUGGAAAACCCCACCCCAUCCCCCACCACCUUGAGGCCUGGCCCUCCUGGGCCCCUUGACCCUGCAGGGCAUGUAGGAUGUGCAGAGUUCUCCAGUGCAUUCUGGUUCUCUGCCUUCUCUGCCUGGAAUCUGCCCAGAGAGGACUCUCGGCUUGGCUCCCAUUCAGGGGACCUGAGAUCCGAGGGUCUCCUAAGCCCCUCCUUGCCUGCCUCUCUCCACAAUCAGUAGCUAUCUGUCCUCUGUCUGACUGGCUGAAUAGGAUCAUCUGGGUCCCUCCUGCCUCUGCUCCUUGGCUCUUGUCAGUUCCCCUCCUCCUUACCUAUUGCCUGCCUUUCUCAGUUGCCCCCCAAUUCUGUGUGCCAGGCUCUCUCCUGAUCCCUCUCUAUCCAUCUUCAACAUUGUCUCUUCCUCUACUGUCUCUGUUUGGUCCCCUUUUAUUCCCACAGUUUCCGUUCCUCUCACAUUCUGUCUGUCUGGGUCUCCCUCUCCGUGUCUCUUGCUCAGUCUCUUCCUCUUUAUCUGGACCAUUCUCUGAUAUUGGUCUCUAAUCUCUGUCUUUUGAUCACUGGGUCUCCUUGACCCGAGAGUCGGGGUAUGGAGGUGAUGAUAGCAGAACUAAGGAAAGGACAUUGUGAGACAUAACAACUAAUAGUGAGAGUUUUAUUCUUCACAAAAGGGAGGGAGAGCCUCUCUCUCUCCCUCCCCCGCCCCCCAAUCUGGGUCUCUCAGCCUGUGUGCCUCUUUGACUGUGUUUCUGCUCUUAUUUAGUAUGUGUUUCUUUCUCACUGUCUCUCUUAGUCCGUGGGUCCCUCUCUUUCUCUCGCACUGUCUCUCUGUCUCUGGUCUUAACCAGUGUCUCUGUUCCUCUCAUGACCUCUCUCUCAGACCGGGGCCUGGCUCAAUUUCAGCUUCUCUCGCAUACUCUCUCUCUGGGGCACCCAGGCCUUCCUUGCCAUGCGACCUGUCAGUGUCUGGCAGCGGAGCCUGUGGGGGCUGCUGCUGUGCCUCCUGUGCAGCUCGUGCCUGGGAUCUCCAUCCCCAUCCACGGCCCCUGAGAAGAGGGCUGGGAGCCAGGGGCUACGGUUCCGGCUGGCCGGCUUCCCCAGGAAGCCCUUUGAGGGCCGCGUGGAGAUCCAGCGGGCUGGCGAAUGGGGCACCAUCUGCGAUGACGACUUCACACUGCAGGCUGCCCAUGUCCUAUGCCGAGAGCUGGGCUUCACAGAGGCCACAGGCUGGACCCACAGUGCCAAAUACGGCCCUGGAAAAGGCCGCAUCUGGCUGGACAACCUGAGCUGCAGUGGGACUGAGCGGAGUGUGACUGAAUGUGCCUCCCGGGGCUGGGGGAACAGUGACUGUACCCACGAUGAGGAUGCCGGGGUCAUCUGCAAGGACGAGCGCCUCCCUGGCUUCUCGGAUUCCAAUGUCAUUGAGGUAGAGCAUCACCUGCAAGUGGAGGAGGUACGACUUCGACCAGCCGUUGGGCGGGGCAGGCGGCCCCUGCCCGUGACUGAGGGACUGGUCGAAGUCAGGGUUCCCGACGGCUGGUCGCAAGUGUGUGACAAAGGAUGGAGCGCCCACAACAGCCACGUGGUCUGCGGGAUGCUGGGCUUCCCUAGCGAAAAGAGGGUCAACGUGGCCUUCUACAGAAAGUUGAGGAAGCGAGCGGCCAAAGCCUCGGCCCGACGCUCCAAGCCCCUUGGAAGACCAAUCACCAAGCUUAAAGCCAAACCCAAACCCCGAGUGGGCAGGGGGCCAAUCAAGAGGCUGCUGGCCCAGCGGCAGCAACACUCCUUUGGUCUGCAUGGGGUGGCGUGCGUGGGCACGGAGGCCCACCUCUCUCUCUGCUCCUUGGAGUUCUAUCGUGCCAAUGACACCACCAGGUGCCCUGGGGGGGCCCCUGCGGUGGUGAGCUGUGUGCCAAGCCCUCUCUACGCAGCAUCCAGUGGCCAGAAGAAGCAACAGUCGAAGCCUCAGGGGGAGGCCCGAGUGCGAUUAAAGGGUGGAGCCCACCCAGGAGAAGGCCGGGUAGAAGUCCUGAAGGCUGGCACGUGGGGCACAGUCUGUGACCGCAAAUGGGACCUGCAGGCAGCCAGCGUGGUGUGUCGGGAGCUGGGCUUCGGGAGUGCUCGAGAGGCUCUGAGCGGUGCCCGCAUGGGGCAGGGCAUGGGUGCCAUCCAUUUGAGUGAAGUUCGAUGCUCUGGCCAGGAACCCUCCCUCUGGAAGUGCCCCCACAGGAACAUCACAGCUGAGGACUGUUCCCAUAGCCAAGAUGCUGGAGUCCGAUGCAACCUGCCCUACACUGGGGUAGAGACCAAGAUCCGACUCAGCGGGGGCCGCAGCCGACAUGAAGGGCGAGUCGAGGUGCAAACAGGAGGACCUGGGUCCCUUCGCUGGGGCCUCAUCUGUGGGGAUGACUGGGGCACACUGGAGGCCAUGGUUGCCUGCAGGCAACUCGGACUGGGCUAUGCCAACCAUGGCCUGCAGGAGACCUGGUACUGGGACUCAGGGAAUAUAACAGAGGUGGUGAUGAGUGGAGUGCGCUGCACAGGGACUGAGCUGUCCCUGGACCAAUGUGCUCAUCAUGGCACCCAUGUCGCCUGCAAGAGGACAGGAAGCCAUUUCACUGCUGGAGUCAUUUGUUCUGAGACCGCGUCAGAUCUGCUGCUACACUCAGCACUGGUGCAGGAGACCGCGUACAUUGAGGACAGGCCCCUGCACAUGUUGUACUGUGCUGCUGAAGAGAACUGCCUGGCCAGCUCGGCCCGCUCAGCCAACUGGCCUUAUGGCCACCGGCGUCUGCUCCGAUUCUCCUCCCAGAUCCACAACCUGGGACGUGCUGACUUCAGGCCCAAGGCUGGGCGCCACUCCUGGGUGUGGCAUGAGUGUCAUGGGCAUUAUCACAGUAUGGACAUCUUCACUCACUAUGAUAUCCUGACCCCCAACGGCACCAAGGUGGCUGAGGGCCACAAAGCUAGUUUCUGUCUAGAAGACACCGAGUGUCAGGAGGAUGUCUCCAAGAGGUAUGAGUGUGCCAACUUUGGAGAGCAGGGCAUUACGGUGGGUUGCUGGGAUCUCUACCGGCAUGACAUAGACUGUCAAUGGAUUGACAUCACAGAUGUGAAGCCAGGAAACUACAUUCUGCAGGUGGUCAUCAACCCCAAUUUUGAAGUAGCAGAAAGUGACUUCACCAACAAUGCAAUGAAAUGUAACUGCAAAUAUGAUGGACAUCGCAUCUGGGUGCACAACUGCCACAUUGGUGAUGCCUUCAGUGAAGAGGCCAACAGGAGGUUCGAACGCUACCCUGGCCAGACCAGCAACCAGAUCAUCUAAGGUGCCACCGCCCUCCUCUGCAGACCACAACUGGCCCCUAAUGGCAGGGGUCUGAGGCUGCCAUUACCUCAGGAGCUUACCAAGGAAUCCUUGACUUCAGCAGGCCCACAGCACUCAUCCACUGUGCACUGUGGGUGUAGAACUGUCAAGCAGAAGUUACUGCCCUCCUUCUUAGGCCAGCUGUCUGGAUCUGUGGCCAGGCAUGGGGAAUUUUGCUCCCAGGCCCAGCACCAAACCAAGCAUGCCACAAAGAGGCGCACCUGAUUGACUGCCCAGAAAAACAGACAGCAGCAGCUCGUUUUCUUGAGUAGGGAGGUCAGAAUGGUCAACUCCAGUAUCUCCUCUCAGUUCAGGGAGAUACGGCUUUACCUCUAGCCUUUUUGUGGGGGGGGAAAGAGCAGUGCGCCACCCUUCCCCUCAUUUUUGAGUAUAACAUGUUGCUAGGUAUAAUUUUAUUUUAUAUAAAAAGUGUUUUUGUGA